AUGCCGUCGCCGAUCGUCAUAGAGAUGGACGGCGAGACACCAACCCCAGCGGCUCACGCAGUCUUCCAGACAGCAGAGCUCCUCGAGAAGAUAUUGCUUUCUCUCCCACUCACAGAUCUCCUUCUGGCACAGAAGAUCUGCAAGUUCUUCAAAGCCAGCAUCGAAGGUUCCAGCAAAGCGCAAACGGCGCUGUUCUACCGUGCAGCUGGAUCAGACCUCCUCCGCUUCGAGAAAACAGGACUCUACUCGAUUGAUGAGGCCGAAGGCUUCUGGUCCCACGUGAAGAGCAGCCGCAAGAGCAAGCCCGUCAUCAAUCCUCUCAUGCGUCGCUUCAUCAUCACUCAAUGGAUGAAGAUGAACUCGAUUGUGCACAUCGGAUUCGUGUCGCCGGUCUUCGACAGGUCGGCAUACAUCAACCCAUAUCUGGCAGUUGACGAGGAAGUGCAAGACGAAGACGGAGGUGAUGCAGACAGCGACAUUGGGCCGCGAAACAUCGACGAGUUAGAGGCAUUGCACAGGAAGGGUGCGAGCUGGCGCCAGAUGCUCUUCAUGCAACCGGCGUGCGAGAUGCUCAAUGCCAGGUGUGACAUCACGCGCAAAUCGUUCACCAUCUCGAAUCCCAACGGAGUCACCCUGCAGAACCUUGUGGACGGACUGCGGAGCCAUUGGUUCGAGUGUCCAACGUGUCCAGUGAACUUCAACAUUCAGCGGUGGGAUUACCAAGGAUAUCAGCGUGGGGAAAUCGUCCUCGACGAACUCGAUCCCAUCAACGACGCAUGGAGCUUGCUGCAUGAGCUCGAGACCAAGUGA